GUUUCCGCAGUGAAAUUCCGGAUUCUAAGUUGUGACAUGAGUCAUCUGAGCUAGACUCAUAAAGUGCAACUUUUGAUACUACGAUGCGCAUCUGCUCGGUGUAGCUAAUCUAUUUACACAGCCAUGGUAGAAAGAGUCGUUGUUCAACCUGAUUCUCCUAUAAGCACGCGAACUAGCGACAUCUAUCUAAAUUUUCUGGAGCGGAUCAGCACAUGUCGCAGCAACCUGAUUUCAGGGCUAUUUAUGUACGAAGCAACAAACAUCGCACCACUUAUUGAUAUUGACCUUAUCUUCAAGCGAGCCGUUUUCGGUCGCCCCAUAUAAUUUGGAGCAGAAUUUCCAGCAUUUAGCGUCAUGGAAUUUUGUUUAGCGAAAGUCCUCAUGCGUACACCAUUCGCCAUAUCGUGUGUAUCCGUCGUGUGCGUGAAGUCCACGCUCCCUCCCCGACCAGACCCCAGCUUACUCAUCCAGCGGCAGAGUCUAUUCGGACGGCUCGGGUAAACUACCUGACUCCGAUAACGGUGCGUCUCUUCCAGAGCCAAUGUCUGACGAACUGCCGCGCCUCGAAGCCCGAGAGGCAAAAUUGCCCUCGACAUGCAACCUUGCCGCAGCCGGAGAUGACAAUAUGAGUGAACCUACUGAACAGACUAAUUCUGUCGAAGAGGAUGUUGAGCAAGUGAUGAUCGACGUCGACACGGAAGAAGUGGAUUUCAACCACGGACGUCUCACGGAGAUUCGGGGACUUGAGGAACUGAGACGAAUUCGUGUUCUGGGCUUCCGGAACAAUCUUCUUAAGAAGAUAGAGAAUUUGGAAACGCUUACCACUCUUGUCGAACUUGAGUUUUAUGAUAAUCAAAUUACGAAGAUUGAAAAUUUGGAUACGCUAGUAAACCUGAAGAUUCUUGACCUGUCAUUUAAUCGUUUGACAGUAAUCGAAAAUCUUUCGUCCCUUCGCAGUCUUGAAAAGCUUUACCUCGUCAACAAUCGUAUCUCGAAGAUUGAAAAUUUAGACGCGCUUGAGAAUCUUCGCUUGUUGGAAUUGGGUGCCAAUAAAAUUCGUGUACUCGAAAAUUUAGAAAAGCUCACGUCACUUACCGAGCUAUACGUUGGAAAGAAUAAAAUUGCCAAACUUCAAGGUUUAGAAACACUCGUUAACUUGGAGACGUUAAGCGCUCAGAGCAACCGACUAUUGCACAUUGAAGGGCUUGACAACUGUACUAAACUUAAGGGGCUUUAUCUUUCUCACAAUGGGCUAACAGCAGUGGAGAAUCUUGAACAAAAUGUCGAGUUAGAGACAUUAGACUGUGCCUCGAACCGGAUCAGCAAACUUUCCGGAAUAAUACAUCUCAGUAAACUUACUGAGUUCUGGUUCAAUAAUAAUCUCAUCGAAGAUUGGCAUGAGGUUGACGUGUUAAAAGAGUUUCCCCAGUUGGACACCGUCUACUUGGAGGGCAAUCCGAUUUCGAUGGAUCCAAACUACCGUCGAAAGAUCAUGCUUAUUUCACCAAGUGUCAACCAGAUCGAUGCGACACUGUGUAGACAGAAGGCAUUAUAAGCACUUGUCCUUAUACAUAUACCACCUUUUAGAACCAAUCCAUUGUUCGUUUAGUGAGAGGUGUACCGCCGUCGUAUUUGAUCUUCUUGUAUCUUUUUGCAUUACGGGAUAAGUUGCUUCCCGCCACCUUUCCUGUAAGUACCUUUACCUCCGUGUGUGUUGUGGGCAUGUUUGCGCGUAUAAUACUCUGUAAGGCUGAAAAAAUGAUAAAUGUGAACCUUAUUUGUAUUUGGGACUCCUCCGUACCAUUCACUGCGCACUAUAACGUUGAAGAGUAGGAGGAACGGAGCAAUGACUACAAUACCAACGUAGUAUUAUUAUGUGAGAUAACGAUAAUAGAGUUAUUGCGUAUGUGGCGGUAAACUCGUUGAAGUAGGUACUAGCUAAGCACCGGACCCCGAUUUGAAAAAUGUAGUUGAUUAGACGAGAGAAAAUGAAGUGACUUAUAACGCAAAGAGGAAAAACAAUCGAAACAAUCUAUUCACUGCUUGCCAGUAGUUGAGAUGCUGCCGUGCAAGAAGAGGCUAGAUGAGGAUUAACAGGCCAGAAACACGGCGAAGAGUAUUACGUGAAACAAAAGGUGAUGAUUGUUGUAUGAUGCGGUUCUAGCCAAAUGGCGCCAAUGUUUGUUAUCUGUUUGUUGUGUUCGGCUAUAUAAUUUAUAAUUGAAAUUUAUUUUCUGCCAAGUCGUUAAUGCGAAUUUCCGUCAACGAAUCGUGACCGCUUUGUUUUGUUUUAAAACUUAUAAAACAUUAACGUAAUCGUACUUUGAUAUUAGGUAUAAAAUGUUAUAUACUACUUAAUUCAUGGAUUAAAUUCAUUGAUUUUAAGUAGCCCCAUUGAAAUUUUUGUUAACAGUUAGCAGCUGCGUCGGCCGCAGCCACGUGAAGCCGUUCGAGUACCUCUUUGUUAAAUUGUUUGUGCUUGUUUCGUUAUCUUGUUAUUGCUAUAUUUUUCCUUUACGUUUUGUGAUUGCUUUGAGUGAACACAGCGUUAUAUGAAUAGAAAAAAAAAAAUGGAUCUUUCAUAUUGAAGCCGUCUAAAAAUUAGUGUUUUUAAUCACUUAUUGUUACCUUAGAUAUUAAUUUCAUUGUACCCUUCGUAAGGUAACAGUAGUUAACAAUUACAGUGGUAAGCGCUGGACGAUAGGUUGGACGUGGUUCGGACGUCGAGGCCACACAAAUAAGGAAUUUACAUUUUUCCGACAUCCAUACAAUUAAACCUCGUGCAACUAUAAAAUAAAUGAGCGGGAUCAUACCUAUUGUUAGAGCUGGUAACGUAAUAAUAUGGCUACGAUUGUUUUUCUAAAUAAAGCGUAAAGUGCUGAA